UCACAACUCUCCUCCUUUCACUCCUCUCCCAAUACAGUAACAUCUAUCCGCUGCAAAGCACGAAUCACUAGUAAUCACUAGUAAGCGUUAUGAUAACGACUCUCCUCUUUCUCCUCUCCUUACUAACACCCCACUACUCCUCUCCAAAUCCACUCCUCUUGCACAAGCCUUACAUCGAAAACAGUACCAUCUACAACAUUUCGAGGUCCCUCUGCAUGGGCUGUUGGGCCGAGCCCAUCAAAUUCCUCUACGCCCACAACCUAGUCCGCGCGGCCCAUUGGGAGCUUCCUUUAUUGUGGGACCCACAGCUGGAGGCCCGUGCCCGGUGGUGGGCCGGGGAGAGGAAGGGGGAUUGUGGGCCCAUGCACUCGUUCCCCGAGGGCCAGUUCGUGCUCGGCGAGAACGUGUUCGUCGGCUCGGGCCCCGAGUGGGGGCCCACGGAUGCGGUGUGGGCCUGGGCCGCGGAGGAGAGAGACUAUACGUACGAGUCCAACACGUGCGCCGCCGGCCGGGUGUGUGGCCACUACACCCAGAUCGUGUGGCGGAGCACGUGGCGGGUCGGGUGCGCACGUGCGGUGUGCGACGAGGGGGGCGUGUUUAUGGUCUGUAACUAUUAUCCCCCCGGAAAUUAUGUUGGGGAAAAGCCUUAUUAAUAAAAAUAACAUAUAUAUAUAUAUAUA